ACGUUUGAAGUGGAGUUGAGAAAUUUCAUCCUUGCUGAAACGAAAUUUAAUGAUAUUCCACGUUGUUGGGCUUCCUGGUGCACGGUUAAUUAGGGAACUUUCAAUUUUUCAAGUUCUUGUGUCAAGGCCUUAGUUUUAAAAUGUAGUGGAAAGAGUAAGAGAGUAAAAAAAACCGGUAAACCAAUUGACAAAACCAACGUUGAUAAAACUGUCUGUGCUCAACCCCAUUCGAAAUGGAAUAUGUUGAUAGGGCGGCUGGUAUGGCUACUGCAGGAGUAUUUAAUCGAUAUCAACCUUCCAACCGAACACUGCGCAAUGUUUUCACGGCCCAAAGUGCAGCAAACAUCGUAGCAACCUGAGUUUUACGGCUUCCAGUCGGUUAUUACAUUUUGAAAGGUGCAGACUAUAAUUUCAAGCCUGUGUCACAAUGCCCAAGGAAAAGAAAGCGAAGAAGGCCAGGAAGCCGGUGCCGGAUAUACAGCCAGUGGAUGGACUCAGUGCGGUGGACAGGCAGUUUUUCGAAAUUACCAUCAAUGAUCUAAAUCAAAAGUUGGCGCGGCUUCGAACGCACAAUGUUAAAAUCGAGGAACGCAACGAAGAGCUGGAGGCGAAGGUGAAACAGAUGGAAGAGGAUCGUGCGGAUGUGACGGCUUUCCUGGAUCGUACGCUGAACGACAAACUUGCUGUGAUUAUCGAGCUGGAGGAUAAGCUGAGCGAGUUGUCCAAGGUUCGCGAUCAGGAAAACGAUGAAUGUCAGAAGCAGAUCAGUAGCUUGGAUGCCAAGUACAAAGCAAUGCACGAACAGUUAACAUCGGAGAUCCAGCUACUAACGGGGAAGUUAAAUUCCAUGGAAGAAUUUCGACUUCAACGAGAUGAAUUAAUGGCUAAAUUCGAUGCUCAGGAUACCGAGUUAAAAGAACAGAACAAGCGACAUAAAACAACUUUGUAUGAGAUGGAACGAAAGGUGAUUGUGGAUAAGGAUCGACUCCGGAAAGACGUAGAGAAUAAACUUCUGCAAUUGUCUACCGAGUUUACGAAAUCCUCGGAAAUUCGAGUUGCUGCACAUACUCAACGCUUAGUACGGGAGAAUAUUGCCCUGAACAAUGAAAUGGAUCGAAUGAUUUUCACCCAAGAGCGACUAGAGAAACAAUACAACGAACUUAAAUCUCAGAAUACAGAACUUCGCAAUAAGGCCGAAAUUGAUCUGGUCGAGAAGCAACGUCUAAUGCAAACAUGUCAAGAGCGUCUUGAUCUGAUCAAACAACUGGCCGAUCAGUAUGAACAGCAACUUAAUACAAACGCACAGCUGAAUGCCUAUAAAGAACGAGCCAAUGAAUUUGAAACAGAAACUCAAUCCACCAAAAAGGACUACAACCAUCUACGGCAGAAAGUUCGUAUACUCGAGCAAUACAUUCACUACAUCAACACUGAUCGGCAGGCACUGCGAAACGCAUCCAAUCAUAAUCGUAAAGAAUUCGAACGUAUCUCUGAAAUUCUGAAAACCGUUCGAUUCACGGUUCGUUCAGCAUUCAAAGAGGACGAAGAAGAUGACGAUCUCCCCUAUCAGGAGAUCAAACGUAAACGCUUGAUUUCGGAUCUGCUGAAUGCACUGACCGAGCUGGAUCUCCAACCACGGGUCGAUAUAUCGGUUGAAACUCUUCCCCCUGACGGAGAGGAAGGUUACGAGCAGGGCGAUUUGGGUGUUAUUCCGAGAGAAACUAUGGAGGCCAUCAUUCAGAAGACACAGACUUACGACCUAGCCGAAACACCGCUGCUGAGCUCGGAAACGGUUUCGUGUGUAGGUGAUGCGGAUAGUUCAACUCUUCGGAUAGCUUCGGGUAGCGACGUGAUUCUGGAUGUGGUCAGUGGUUCCCAGCUGGUUUUCAAAGGUUCAGAGGAAUCGUACGAAGAGGGGGGCGAAGUGAAAGAUGAAGGGAAUAGCGAGAGGGCCGAAAGUAGUGAAAGUAGGGUGGAUCAGCAAAUUAAACGCGAGGAAGAGGUAAUCGAACGGUCGGUGGAGGAUGAAGGAAGUUCACACGCCUCGGAGGCUCGUUCGGCGACUUCGAUGGAACGGCCGGAGGAUAUUAUCGUCGAUGCACCAGAUGUGAUUGAUGAUGAACCGAUUGAGUUUACCGCGGUUAAGAGUGAUUCGGAUUGAGAUUUUUGUAUCGGAAUAUUUGGAAUAAAUCAUAAGACA